UGUAUGCAAAGGCAUCCCUGUCACUGGCUGUGACAUUCAAGCAGCAUCGUGGGUACAGAAAUCGAUCAUGUCCAGCAAAUACGAGCAUUUCGAGAACAAAGUGGAAGAACAACUCAGAUCAACAACUGACGACCACCCCCUCGGCGAGAAAGGAGGAUGGCACGCUUCAGUCGCAGAUGCCCAUCUAGCCAACAUCAAUGAGCACGAGACAACAGUCCGCAAGGCACUUCGAGCAUAUCCCUAUGCUGCAAUAUGGUCAGUCGUGGUGUCCAUGUCCAUCAUCAUGGAAGGAUACGAUACAAGCCUCGUUGGUAAUUUUUACGGCUACCCGGAAUUCGCAAAACAGUUUGGCUCGUAUGACAAGGCCACGGAUAGUUAUCAAGUGGCUGGGCAAUGGCAGCAGGCUCUUGGAUCUAGUCCGACUGCUAGUGCGCUAGUCAGUGCUACGCUGAAUGGAUAUCUCCUACAGCGGUUCGAGUUUCGAAGUGUCUUUAUGGGCGGACUUGUGUGCAUGAAUGCUUUUAUUUUUAUCUGUUUCUUUGGGACAACGGUGGAACUGCAGAUUGCAGGGCAAUUCUUGUGUGGCCCAAUGGCCUUCCGCCCCUACCUCACAGCCUACACCAACAUGCGCCUCGCUAUAGGCCAAUUCAUCAUUGCCGGCGUGCUGCAAAGUCUGCUCGGACGUCCAGACCAAUGGUCCUACCGGAUCCCGUACGCUAUACAAUGGCUUUGGCCCGCCCCCUUGAUGGUUGCAGCAUUCUUCAUGCCCGAAUCACCAUGGUGGCUUGUCCGACAUAACCGCUACGAAGAAGCCGAACAUAGCGGCAAACGUUUAAUGGCGCGUGCCGAGAAACCUAACGCUAGAAAGGUUGUAGCCAUGAUGAUCCAUACGAACAUGAUUGAGAAAGAGAUUACAGCCGGCCAUUCCUACUGGGAUUGCUUCCGCGGCACUGAUCUGCGUCGAACGGAGAUUGCAUGUGUCAUUUUCGCUGGUCAGGUUUUGGCUGGAACUUCCUUCGCGUUUAGCGGCACUUAUUUCUUCGAACAAGCUGGUCUGAAUAACGACGAUGCCUAUAAGCUUGGCUUGGGAGAAACUGCUAUUGCCUUUGUCGGCACCCUAAUCUCCUGGGUCCUCAUGAGGAUCGCCGGCCGUCGAACAAUCUACCUAUGGGGUAUGGCAGGAAUGUGCGCUUGUCUCAUAAUAAUCGGCUUCCUGACUCUGGCCCACGGUAACGCCGGCAUAAAAUGGGCCCAAUCCGUUCUAUGCGUCAUCUGGCUCUUCUUCUUUUCUCUUUCCGCCGGUCCUAUUGGAUGGGAUAUCCCAGCGGAAGUCUCCAGCACUCGCCUCCGGUCCAAAACCAUCUGUCUAGCCCGAAACUCGUAUUACAUCACUCAAAUCGUGGGCAACGUCGUUGAGCCGUAUAUGUUGAAUUCGAUUGAAUGGAACUGGAGAGGAAAGACGGGAUUCUUUUGGUUUGGUACUGCUUUUCUAACUUUUGUUUGGGCCUGUUUUCGUCUGCCAGAGACCAAGGGUCGGACUUAUGAAGAGUUGGACUUGAUGUUUGCUGCGAAGGUGCCGACGAGGAAGUUUAGGAAGUUUCAGGUGGAUGCGUAUGAUGAGAAUGUCAAUAUCAUCGAUCGGGUUAAAGAGACGCAGUAAAGGAUUUCAACUUGGGGACAGCCUGGGUACCUGGGUACUGGGUACCUGAAGCAGAAAUUUUAUCGAUAUUAGUCCGCGAGAUGCUGACUCAAGCGUUGUUGUCGAUAGAAAUAGCAAAUUACCAAUGGAGAAGUGACGUCCUUACUUCCAAAGAUGUUGGUAUUAGGUUCAAAACGCUCGAUACCCGUGGACGGUGCUCCGUGGCUGAAGCAAUCGUAAG